ACUAAAAUAAAUAAAUAAUUUAAAAAGUAAAAAAAAAACCACAAAAAGGGAAAGGGGUCCGAGCGCAUUAAGAUCGGUGACUCAUAGGUGACAAUAAGGCUACCGUUACCCAAUCUGUCAUGCAAUAAAUACUGAAAUAUUGAAUUUCCCUGGGCAACGCCUGAUGUUUCAGCUAGCACACACACACACACACACACACACACACACACACACACACACACACACACACACACACACACACACACACUUCAGAAGAGUCGAGUUGUGGCGAAUGGAAGGGGUCUGCGCAUACAUGUUUUGCCACAGGAAGGAAAGCCAGUGUGUUUGUGCAGUGUCGGGCGGGGCUGGUGUCGCUCCUCUCGGUAUAAAUGCGUCCGCCUGUCUGCUGUGGUGAGACUGUGUGAAUACUAGCAACACUGCAGCCCCGUUACUCCGAGGAAGGACUGGAAACUCUCUGAGAGUCAAAGAGAAGUCGACAAACCUCAUGCUAUAGCCUCCCUGUAUACAAAAAAUAAGACAAGUCAAGAAAAAAUCAAGAAAAAGGCAAGUAAAGGCAUGGAAAACAGUUCAGGGCUCUUCCCAACGGUCGCGGCAGGGAAUUCGCCCAACCCCAACGGAACGGAGGAAUAUGAGUAUUACGAGGACGAGCAUGCGGACCUGCGCGCCUCGCUAAACGUCAUGUCCAUGGUCCUGUACUCCCUCGCCUUCCUCCUGGGCACCACGGGCAACGGCCUGGUCAUCUGGAUCACCGGCUUCAAGAUGAAGAAGACCGUCAACACCGUGUGGUUCCUCAACCUGGCCAUCGCCGACUUCAUCUUCACCGUCUUCCUGCCCCUCAGCAUCGCCUACACCGCCCUGGAUUUCCACUGGCCAUUUGGGAAGUUCAUGUGCAAGCUCAACAGCACCAUUGCAUUCCUCAACAUGUUCGCCAGCGUCUACAUCCUGGCGGUCAUCAGCUUGGACCGCUGCGUGGCCGUGGUCCACCCCGUGUGGGCGCAGAACCAUCGCAGCCCCAAGCUGGCCUCGCUCGUCAGCCUGGGCGUCUGGCUCCUGGCGCUGCUCCUGAGCUCUCCUUAUUUCGCCUUCAGGGACACGGCCCCCGGAUAUUAUGACAAGACCGUCGUCAUCUGCUUCAACAACUUCGCCUUCUCAGAGGACUACGACACGCCGGCCGUGGUGCAGCUGCGGGUGGUGAGGCACCAGGCCAUGGUCCUGGCCCGCUUCCUGCUGGGCUUUGUCUUGCCCUUCACCGUCAUCGUGGCCUGCUACGCCGUGAUCGCGGCGCGACUGCAGAGGAACCGGCUGGCCCGCUCCAGCAAACCCUUCAAAGUCAUCGCCGUGGUGAUCAUCGCCUUCUUCCUCUGCUGGGCCCCCUACCACGCGUUUGUGCUCAUGGAGAUGGUCAAUCACAUGACUGGGCAGCACAGCGCUACCCUGGAUCACCUGACCACCAUCGGCAUCCCCAUCACCACCAGCCUGGCUUACCUGAACAGUUGCCUGAACCCAGCUCUCUACGUCUUCAUGGGCCAGGACUUCAAGGAGAAGGUGAAGAAGUCCAUCCUGGCCGUGUUUGAGAAUGCCUUCAUCGAGGACUCUGGCCAAACUGCGCUCGGCAGCAACAGCAGGAGCAAAUCAAAAUCCACCUCGGAGGCCGAGGUCUGACCCAGGCGCUGCAUUAUCCGUCGCAAGGAAGAACCAAGUGGCUUCAGCUCACGCAGAACUAGUUCCAUUAACACUGGGCACUCCCUCCAGGGUGCUGCGGCAGAGUUCUCUCAAAUGUGCAGCGCGUCGAAGGGAAACCCGCGCCAUAGCGGAUAACAGCGUGGAUGAAAGUCCACGCUAGUUUUGCUUGGAAAAGCUGCCCGUUCUCAAAUAUGCUGUAUCUGUGAGCCAUUCUGGAGAACAGACUUUGUGACUGGAGGUGAUGUGGAUUUGUGCUCAGUGUUGUGUGUUCAGUUUUGUGUGAUGCUCAG